UCUGUCUGGCACAAUAUGGUAUCCAGGUCAUUAUACUCUAUACCAGGCUGCUGGGCAGGACAGGUUUAAAAAAAUAAAAAUAAAAAAAAAUAAAAUACCCAUGAUAAUUUCCCAGAGCCCAGUGCAAACCACAAAUAUAUUAAGUUUACUAUCAUAUAAGACAAAGCAUCAAAUAAUCACUUUUGUGAAGUUAGAACCAAUAAAUUUUUGCUUGUAAAUUACAUGAUUAAUCAAUAUUUCAAAUAAUUCUUCUGUAAUAAACUAAUGCAAUUAUCAACAGAUCAUCUCAGUUGCUAGGUCAUCUAUAGUGCUAGGUACCAGCUUAGAAAACUACAUUUUCCCACCCUUUUUUUGCGAUCAGUUACUUUAAUCAAUAAAUUUAUUUGUUAAAAGGAAUUUAAAAUAGAGAAAAGGAGGAAGAUGUGUAUUCAUUAUGGUGGACAAUGCUAACAAAAGGUGGUCUUUUUAUUGUUUCAUAAAUAUAAAAUUCAUUUUAAUAAUUGUACCAAGAGGGUCAAGGGUUGGAUCCCACAACAGGGCAUCAGUCAGAGCUGGAAUAGGAUUCCACUUUUUUCGUCAGAAGCAGCAAAAUAUAAAAAUAUAUAUUUGCAAAUAUUGACGAUGGUACAACUUUACCUUUAGUGAUGAACUUCACAACUGAAGGCUUCAACAAAACACUGACUAAGAGAGAGAGAGAGAGAGAUGUAGGGGUAAGAGGUAUGUUGGGGGUGGGGAUACGAUGGGAUGCGGGUUGCAGACUCAUCCCGGGGGCUGGUGCACCGGGAGAGGCCACUGUCUCCCACCCUUCCAAUGCCACAAACAGUCUCACUUUUGGAGACGUGAGCGGCUCGUAUCGUACAGCCGGAACCCCGUCUGCCUCCCCCCUCCCCCACAACGCUCCCACCCGCCACUCUCUUUUUCCCAACCCAGUCCCCUAUCAGUCCAGGUGGCAGAGCGCACUUCGGCCGUGGGAUGCAGCCUCUCAUCUCCGACACAUGGACAGCGGAGCUUGGAGUUGCCGCAGCGCGCCACGGCUCCACUAGCUGAAGACACCGCGUCUCAAGAGCGGAAGGCAGAGACGGCACUCAAGCGUUUAACUCCUGGACGUAGGAUAAAAAGGAUAUACUGGUUCCCACUUCAUUUCUUAUCUUUUCAAACCGCAAGAGAGCAGAACCAGCUGUGUUCAAUGCGCAACCAUGCUCAUCAUCUCUUCUCGCAGCGCGCUGCUGUCCGUCUACUACCCACAGAUCUUCCUCAUCCUCACCAGCGGUAGCUACCUGGCGCUGUCCUCUGUGGUAGCUCUAGGUGCUAACAUCAUCUGCAACAAGAUACCGGGACUGGCCCCCCGUCAGAGAGCCCUCUGUCAGAGUCGCCCUGAUGCCAUCAUCGUCAUUGGCGAAGGCGCCCAGCUGGGCAUCAAUGAGUGUCAGUACCAGUUUCGCUACGGCCGGUGGAACUGCUCAGCCCUGGGCGAGAGGACUGUCUUUGGACAAGAGCUGAGAGUAGGCAGCAGGGAGGCAGCAUUCACUUAUGCCAUCACCGCAGCCGGAGUCGCCCACGCGGUGACCACAGCUUGUAGCCAAGGCAACCUCAGCCAGUGCGGCUGUGACCGCGAGAAGCAGGGCUACCACGACCACGAGGAGGGCUGGAAGUGGGGAGGCUGCUCAGCUGAUGUCAAGUACGGCGUGGAGUUCUCGCGGCGCUUUGUAGAUGCCCGCGAGAUCAAGAAGAACGCCCGUCGGCUGAUGAACCUGCACAACAACGAGGCAGGGCGAAAGAUCCUAGAGGAGAGGAUGAAGCUGGAGUGCAAGUGUCACGGUGUGUCUGGGUCCUGCACCACUAAGACCUGCUGGAUCACCCUGCCAAAGUUCAGAGAGAUUGGUUACCUGCUGAAGGAACGCUACAGUGACGCGGUUCAAGUAGAGCCGGUGCGAGCCUCACGGCUCCGCCAACCCUCAUUCCUACGACUCAAAGAGGCUCGGGGCUACCAGAAGCCAACGGACACAGACCUGGUGUACCUGGAGCGUUCGCCCAACUACUGCGAAGAGGACACAGCCACAGGAAGCGCAGGAACACGGGGCAGACUGUGCAACGGCACCUCGACACACACAGACAGUUGUAAUGUGAUGUGCUGCGGCCGGGGUUACAACACACACCACUACACGCGCGUCUGGCAGUGCAACUGCAAGUUCCACUGGUGUUGUUUUGUCAAGUGCAACACCUGCAGUGAGAAAUCAGAAGUUUUCACCUGCAAGUAAGAUAUGAGGAAAGGACUUAUAAGGAAGUAUUUAUUUA